AUAGAUGUCCUCUCUCGCUCUCUCUCUCUCUCUCUCACACACACUCUUUGAAGUUGUUUAGUUCUUCUUGGAAACUGAAACAGUUAUCUAAUUAACUGCUCGAAUCAGCUUUUAAGAAUCUUAAUUAAGCUAAUUCCACAAGUGAUUAUGGGAAUAUUACGGCCAGAUGAGAGCAAAAGGAUAGAGAUUGAGGAAUUUCGCCGCAUGCUUCUUGAUAAUUAUGUAGAGGUGCAUACCAAUUAUAAGGCCAAAUUAGUUGAGGAAGAAUUUAUUAAUAAUCAAGGAGUUGUGAUGCCGGCAGUACAACAAGUUGAAGAGAAGAAAGUGUGUGUCACAAGUGGCGUAUCUUUCCUUGGUAUUGCUAUUGUUAAUCAACUCUUACUCCGAGGCUACUCUGUACGUGUUAUUGUCGACAAUCAAGAGGAUUUGGAAAAGUUAAGAGAUAUGGAAAAUUCUGGUGAAAUGAGAGAGUCCAGCAACAGCAUAGAAGCAGUUAUGGCAAGUCUUACACAAGUUGAAACCUUAUCGGAAGCUUUCAGAGAUUGCUGUGGCGUCUUCCACACCGCUGCCUUUGUCGACCCUGCUGGCCUUUCUGGUUAUACUAAAUCAAUGGCGGAAAUAGAAGUUACAGUAAGCAAGAAUGUAACGGAGGCAUGUGCAGCUACAUCUUCAGUUAGAAAAUGCAUCCUCACGUCUUCACUUGUAGCCUGUAUAUGGCAAAAUAUUGGCUCUAAUUCACGUACAAUUGAUCAUGAUUGUUGGAGUGAUGAGUCUAUCUGCACAAAUAAGAAGUUAUGGUAUGCUCUGGGCAAGCUGAAGGCAGAAAAAGUUGCAUGGAAUGUAGCUGAGAAGAGUGGAUUUAAGCUGGCCACCAUUUGUGCUGGUCUAGUAACUGGCUCUGCAUUCUUCACCAGGAAUCCCACCUCUACAAUAGCUUAUCUUAAAGGAGCUCAAGAAAUGUUCAAAAAUGGACUACUGGCGGCAGUUGAUGUCAACAGAUUAGCCAAGGCACAUGUAAUGGUGUUUGAAGAAAUGAACAAAACAGCUUUUGGGAGAUAUGUCAGCUUUGAUAAAGUAAUUAAGAGUGAGGAUGAAUUUGAAAAAUUAGCAAGAGAGACGGGUAUAGAAAUUGGGGUAAACUCCUUCACAGUCACUAGAAAUGAUAUUAAGUUGUCAAAUGUUAAGCUUUCCCGUUUAAUGUCCACAACAUUUAGGUGUAUUAGUGAGCACUAGCUCGUAGCUCCUAUAGAAGGAAAAAAACUCGUUGAAUUUGCCUCUAGUGAAUUUAUAGUCUUUUUUUUCCGUAGUGAAUUUAUAGUCUUUAAGUUACAAAAUUUUGCACUACUAAGUUUAAAAUGUCAUAGCAGGUUAAUUAUCAUUUUAAUUACAUUACCAAUUUUCUU